CUAAAGUAGAAGCAACGACAAUGGCAUCAAAAUUCAUCAUCUUUGCCGCUGCUUUGGCUUGCGCUAACGCCGGAUUAAUUGGAUCACCUGCAAUUGCCACAUACUCUGCUGCACCAGUAGUAUCUGCCUACUCCUCUCCGGUUCUAUCAGCCUAUGCUGCACCCCUGUCAAAAUCAGUCGUCAGCUCCUACACCAACCACGGAUCACCAGUUGUAUCAAGCUACGCUGCACACGCUCCUAUUGUCUCAGCCUACUCUGCACCUCUCAUCAGCAGAUCCGUAGCACCAGUUUUGUCUGCAUACUCUUCACCAGUCGUUUCAGCCUACUCCGCUCCCGUUGUAGCCAAAUCGUUUGCUCCACUUGGCUUCAGCUCAGCUUACUCUUCCCCAGUUGUAUCAGCUUACUCUUCCCCACUUCUAACUAAAAGUAUCGCACCAGUAGUGUCUGCUUACUCCGCUGCUCCAGUGGUAGCUCAUACAUCGUACUCUGGACUCCAUGCUGCUUACCAAUGGUGAAAAUAACUGAAGUCAUAUUGUGAAGUAUUUAUUUCAUGUAAAUAAACUAUUAUAAUUAUCAACUUCAA